AUGAACCUUGUUAUCGAGGGAGAAAUGACAAAUAGACCAGGAUUACUGUCUAUAGGGACUUUAUACACUUCAGAGAGUACAAGUGAAUGCAUAUUAAAUCCACUAUCAGCGAGAGAAGCUUGUAACGAGAUUCUCACCGACAGAAAAGGCUACAUUAUGUCACCAUUUUAUCCUGAUUCCUAUGCAAAUGAUGAGAACUGUUCCUGGAUAAUCAAAGCCAGAAAAGGUCACGUUAUUCGUUUGGAAUUUAAAGUAUUUGAAUUGGAGUUGAGCCCACGGUGUUCAGCUGACUACGUAGAAGUGUAUGAUGAAGACGAAGCACAGUCGACAUCUCGUAUUGGUCGCUACUGUGGAAGGAGAUAUCCACAAAUAAUCCAGUCACAAUCAAACAUGUUAAAAAUAGUAUUUCAAUCAAGCAAAUCCGGUAAAGGUCAAGGAUUCAAGAUUUACUAUCAGAUGAUAGAAGGUGCAAAAGAUGACAGCUGUAUUCAAGACUGCCCCUCUUCGUGUAAUUGCCGGAGACUAGAAGAUGGCGGAAUCAUCAUGGCUUCACAUCAACUACAGUCUAUUCCCAAGCGCCUGCCCAAGAAAACAAAUGCUAUAUUAUUUGGAGGGAAUAAGAUUUACCAAGUUAAAAGCCAUGCAUUUAUAAAACAAAGUUAUCUAUCUUUGAUCGACUUGAGCUAUAAUCGAAUAUUUUCGAUCGAAGAAAUGUCUUUUGUAAACCUACAUUCGUUAAAGACCUUACGGCUUAAUAGGAAUUUCAUCAAAGAAGUGCAGAAAAACAGGUUCAGUGGUGUCGGGGGACUUGAAGUAAUAGAUUUUGGACAAAAUUUAAUUUCAAGCAUUGAAAUGGAAACCUUUUCUGGUUUUCCAGCCCUCCGUGCUUUGAGCCUUCGCAGUAACAAAAUAAAGGGACUGCAUAAACUCACCUUCCAAAACAACACAAACUUAAGAUAUCUGUAA